AUGGCAGAGGCUGGAAAAAGGGUCUUGGUAACCUCCAAUGGCGAUUUAAUCUCCAAGGGCAUCGCUUUUCAUUUGGUUAAGUGUGGUUGCAGGUACUAUCGACUCUGCUCUACGUAGUCGUUCCCUUUUCUAUUUGGUUUUUUGAAUGACUUGCUUGUCGUUGUUCUUUAUUAUCUAGACGAUGUCUCUAUUUUCUCCCUUGGUUACAUGUAAUUCAAUUAGUUCAUUUCGAGUGCUCGACUUUCAGUUUUCAGAGAAGUUGAAUGAUGUUCUUAAGAAGCGUAUAUCUCAUCCUUCUAGUCACUCUCAAGACUUUCAGUUCUCAAGAAGUUAGAUGAAUUCCUCCUCAUUUCGACAGUGAGGAGUGACUAGAAAAAUGGAGGAAUUUGAAGAAGACCAUCUGUCCUGGCAGAUGAUAUAUAUAUUCAUAUUUGCAAGCUAUCCUACAACUGUUAGUAUCAAAGUAUGAAGGGACGAGGAUUGUCUCAGAGGAAGAAAUAUCUUCACUAUUUCACCUGAAAAGAUCACUUUCUGAUUCCUGAUGCAUAGCAUUGGAGCGUAUAGAUGGGAAAGGGCGUUGAGCAGUUUUGAUGAUCUAAGAAAUGAGUUCCAAAGUGACGAAUCUAAAUCUGGAGGAGUUCAAGAACCGUAUCUCUUUGUUUUUCUGCCCACAUCAUAUUUAUAGAUCUUCUUAACCGAUCUUUUUCAGUUAGUUCGACAGGAGGAUGACUUAUAAAUCUAAAAUUUGGCAUGCGCAUGGGUCGUUUGAUUUUGAAAGGCUAAAAGAUUUAUGCCCGAGGAUUACUUAAAACGCACGUGAGAUGACCUAAACUUAAACGCACGAGCACUGUAAUGUUGCGUUUUAGAAUGUCCUGAUGCAGUUUUCUUUUUCUGACCCGGAUGUUUUAUUGUGUCUACAGGAUGAUUUACAUAUAAGUCGGAGAAAGAGUCGUGUCUUAUGACAUGGGAUUCACAUUCGCAUCUGAAUAGCCUCGUCCAAAAACUAACUUAAUAUGUAUUUAAUUAAAUGGGGAGCGGUGGGGCUUAAGAAGAUGCGAGGGAGUGACGGGGAACUUUAGUCUACAUGUUGCUCGACCGAUGAAACCUAUUUUGAGGUCAUAGUUAUGUGUUUGUAUUUGAAGAUCAACUCCACAUUUUCCUUCUAAAUAACUAAACUUUCGAUUCCUCUGAUUUUCUCUACGUUCAUGAUAUUUUUCCGACUAACUGAUUGGAUUUUUGGAAUGAUUAUGUUUUUUUCUAACUAUUAGAGUAGUUUUGAUGGGCGACCCAGUAAGCCUCAGAAAUAUUGCAGAGGAGAUAAAUAACUCCUUGAAAGUCCACGAUUCCGUUGAAGUUGUUGGACUGGAUAUGUGUGAAGACAAGGAGGCUAUAUUUGACCAGUCAGUUGAUAAAGCAUGGAAACUUCUGGGAUCAUUGGAUUCUUUUGUUAACUGCUACGACUAUGAAGGUAAUUUAAAGUUACUUAUUACAUUAACAUAGAUGAAACCUUGUUACGGUGGGAUAAUCAUGGAGAUGUGUUAUAAUCUGGAGGAUGAGAUAAUCGUUACUUGUUGAGACUUAUUUACAGGUCCCUCUGUUUCACCAAUUUGAAUGAUGUCCAUAUCUACUUUCUUGCCUAGAUCCAUCGUCUAAUUGCACAAUAUCUCCAUGGAAAAAUGAUAUAACAUCUGCUGUCAUCAUCUCAGCAACUUCGUUUGCAUGCACCCGGUGGUUCUCCAAAAAGGGCUGUACGUCGUGUGAUGCGAUGCUGCCCGGCCCGGUCGUCUUUCCAUUUUUCGUUUUCUUGACUGUUCCUUCGCAACUCUGCUUUUCGUUCAAUUCAAUUCCAAAAUCCAAACAUUUUUUUUUUCUGGGUAGAUACCCACAUGUAGAGUCUUAUGCUCAUCACCCUUUCUGUUUGUGUGGCAUUUAAACUUCCUGAUUUUUUUUUCCCGAAUUUUUAUGGAUUCAUCACUCUUUUCUCCUACUCACUGAAAGGCAGUGGAAUUCAUAAAAUAUCCUCAUCUUAUUUCUAGCAGCUUCAUGAAUAUCAUCACGGCGCAUUCUUCAUGUUCUUCAAGUUUCCUAUUUCUUCUCACAACACACUGAACAACCGUAUCGUUUGCCUCUCUUAUCGGAGCAUAGUUGCCUUGAUAGUAUAUCUUGCUAAUCACCCAUCGGGCGACAUGCUGCAGGGAAAAUACAAGAUCCCCUAUCUGUCACCGAGGACGAGUUUAAGAAGAUGGUGAAGGUCAAUUUCAUGGCGGCAUGGUAUUUGUUGAAAGCUGUGUCCAAGAGAAUGAGGGAUUCCAAGUCUGGAGGAUCCAUUGUCUUUGUAUCCUCAAUCCUUGGUGCAGAACGGGGGCUAUACCCAGGGGCUGCUGUAUAUGCUUCAUGUAUGGGCGCCGUGCAGCAGUUGGUCAGGGUAAGCGCUCUCUGCAUCAUAUACUUUAUUCGGUAAUGUUGGUCGACAGAGUCGGAGAUUUCUCUUUCAAGUAUCAAGAAGAUGAGCCUCAAUCAUGCCUGAUUUCAUGCCUUGGUGGCUUUCUUGGCUCGGAUUUGAUGCUAAUCAUGAAUCGUUAUCUACCUUAGGAAACUUUGGUUAAUCAAAGUUUGAAACAAAAAGAAAAAGAAAAGAAGAAUUGGAGAAUUGGACAAGUGUCGAUUCAUAUAGUAGAAUAGCCGGCAUAAUCUUAUUAUAAUCCAUUCUAUAUGGGGAUAUCACAUCAACAGCAAAGUUCUCUGUCUGAUUUUUUUUUUUUGUUGCUAUUUCAUCACAUGAUUUAUAGCUCGAAGCAAAAACUUUAGGAAAGUGGAGAAUAAUCCGCAAUGUGUUCAAUUAUGUGGUGUCUCAUGAGGAACAUAGUUGCUGAAAUAUCUUAUAUACAAUGUUUUCCGGCUUAUUUUUCGGUAUAUAUUAGAUAAAAUCUCAGGAAAAUAUAUAAAUCCCCUGUCCUCUGUCCCCUGUCAUGGACAAUCAUAUAUAUUAAUUUCGGAGAUUUUCUUCAAAAAAUAAAUUGAGUUGGGAAAAUAGCCCACUUUUUUUUUUGUCAGAUAUUAAUCAGAAAUGACCCAUUAAUUAUAUUGAUGAUUAUUGUCUGUUCCCUCCAGGCUUCUGCAAUGGAGUUGGGAAAGCACCAGAUUAGAGUCAACGGGAUCGCCCGGGGCCUCCACGUGGACGACGAGUACCCGGUCGCAGUUGGAAGGGAGAGAACCGAGAAGUUGACCAAGGAGGUGAUGCCACUGCUGCGAUGGCUCGACCCCCUGAACGAUCUAGCUUCCACCGUCAUUUACCUCGUCAGCGAUGGGUCCCGGUUCAUGACCGGCACGACCAUCUUCGUUGACGGCGCCCAGUCCAUUGUCAGGCCCCGCAUGCGUUCCUACAUGUGA